AUGCCUCCUCCUCACACAGGAUUUGAAUUGUCUUCUAAAAUCUUUACGCUUUUGACUGAGUGGAAAGUUGAUAAAAAGAUUUUUUCCAUUACUUUGGAUAAUGCUUCUUCUAAUGAUACUUGUGUUGAACACUUGAAAAGUACUUUGGAUGUGCAUGGUUCAUUGUUGUGUGGUGGUGAAUUCUUUCAUGUUCGUUGCUCUGCUCAUAUUUUAAAUCUUAUUGUCCAAGACGGAAUGAAAAUAUGUGGUGAUGCAGUGUAUAAGAUUAGAGAGUCUAUUCAGUUUCUGAGAAAAUCUGAAAGUCGAAUGGUUAAAUUUAAAGAAUGUUUUGAAGAUAUUGAGGGACUUGAGUAUACGACUGCAUUAUGUUUAGAUGUUCUAACUAGGUGGAAUUCACUUUAUGCAAUGCUUGCAAGUGCUAUUCCUUAUAAGAAAGCUUUUGAAAUGUAUAAAGUAAAAGAAGCUGGGUUUAGGGAGUUUUGUCCUUCAUCAGAUGAGUGGAGAAGAAAUGAAAAGAUAUGUGAUUUCUUGUUACCAUUUUACGAAACUACCAAGUUGAUGUCUGGAACUUCUUACCCAACAUCCAACUUGUAUUUUUUACAAGUUUGGCAAAUCCAGCUGAUUUUAAUGAAUAGUUUGAAGAAUGAUGAAGUGCUUAUAAGGAACAUGGGAGAAAAAAUGAUGAUUAAGUUCAAGAAAUAUUGGGAAGAAUACAGUGUUGUUCUUGCAUUUGGGGCAGUUCUUGAUCCUAGAUUUAAACUCAACACUUUGACGUCCUCGUCGCGUUCUGUUCAUGAUAGCGCUCUAGGUGUUCUUGAAAUUGCCACAGAUCUUCUCAAGCUUCCUAGCUAG